UUGAGGCUUAUUUUAAAAGAAACCCUGGCAUUAAUCUUUGACUUCGUUUGAAUUUAAUGCUCAUAGAUUUCAUGCUGAUAGAGGCUAGAGGCAUUACGUUGCGUCAAAGCCUUCCACGUGACCGAUAAUGACAAAUAAUAAAUUGUAAUUCAUGGCAUUAUAUUAUCACAUCAUUAUUCAGAUUUGUUUACAAAAUGGAUUAGAGUUAUUCAAAUGUAUAACAAUAUGUAUGGAACAAACAGUCAGGGAAAGUUGAACAACCACUUGAGGGUGAUUUUGAAAUGAACGAGCUUAGUCAAACGCAUCAGCGCAGCACCUUGUAGCCUCGCCUUACUACGUCACGUCGCUGACUCAGGAAGGCACUCACUCAUAAUCGUCAUCAAUGAAGGUUUUGCUGAUUAAAUAUCUUUCACCUGAGUGUCUCCCGCGUGUUUCGCAACUCCUUCCACGCGCAAGUUUGAACAAGCGAAGACGCGAUCUCGCCGGUGACGUGAUGGAGAUGUGAGAUGUUUGUUUGUUGCCCCUCCUCCGUCGUCUUCAAGUCGGAGCUCCGGUUCGGAUACGAGGCAGAUCUCGAGAGAGGAAGCCAGCAAGCGGUGGACCCAGUCAACGGCGACGAGAUAAGACAAAACCGACCAUGGCUGAGGGUAAGAUUGGUCCGAACCUCCAGGCCGGAGCCGGACUCUUCGCUAAGAAAGUCCAGAAGUCCUUGAAUCGAGCUCAAGAGAAGGUCCUUCAGAAGCUCGGCAAAACCGUGGAGACCAGGGACGAACAGUUCGAACUGUGCUCUCAGAACCUCAACAAACAACAGCUGGAUGCAGGAAGGUUGUUUAAAGAUGUCAAAGCCUACUACGCUGCUGUCAAAGCCGUGCAUGAGACCUCCAAGCGGCUGUCGCAGACUUUAAGAGACGUGUACGAGCCUGACUGGAAUGGUGCCGAGGACCUUCCAGAUAUCACAGACAGUGAAGAUUUAUUGUGGAAUGACUUUGAAGAAAAGCUUAAUGACCAAAUCGUCCGAACCAUGGAGAACUACACCAGCCAGUUUCCUGAAGUGAAGGAGCGUGUAUCCAAACGUGGUCGAAAGCUCGUUGACUAUGAUUCUGCACGUCACCACCUGGAGGGGCUACAGAGCGCCAAGAAGAAGGAUGACGCCAAAAUCUCAAAAGCUGAGGAGGAGUUCACCAAGGCCCAGAAUGUGUUUGAAGAAAUCAACAAUGAGCUGAGAGAGGAGCUGCCAGUGCUCUACCAGAGUCGGAUAGGAUGUUACGUGACCGUGUUCCAAAACAUCUCCAACCUGAGGGAUGUCUUCUACAAAGAAAUGAGCGUGCUUAACAAUCAAUUGUACAGUGUGAUGAAGAAACUGGAGACGCAGCAUUCAGGAAAGUCUUUUAUCAUCAAAGGACUCAACAGCUUAUCUGGUAAAUCGAAGAAGAGAAAGUCUGUGGUCAUCUCCAACCCCAUCCCUUGCAACACAGCGUUCCCAGCCGACCACGUUUCCAUCCUCUCCCAAAACGGGAAGGACGCUGCUCCCCUGUCUCCCAGUCCACAAAGCUCCUCAGAGCAAUCUGGUUUGGCGGAGGAGAGCAAAGAUGCGAGCUCCUCCGACUCAGACCUGAGCUCCAGCGGCACCAACACCCCGAAACGGCUGUCGGCGGAUGAUUUGAGCGACCGGGGGGAGAGUCCAGAAGAAGCAGAGCUUCCCACAAACCAGUCUGAUGACUCUGGUGUGGGCAAAUCUGAAGCCGUCUGUCGGGAAGCGGAUAGUGUCCCAGACGACAAGGAGGAGAAAUGCAAUCCAGAGCAGGACAGUGAAAGUGAACCGCCAGCUGCGAAGCCCCCGCCAGUUCCAGCUCCUCGUUUGUCGUUCCGCUCCACCGAGAGGCAACUUCACCCUCCUGCUAAAGAGCAGGGGGAGAAUGAAUCAGAAAACCAGGCGGCAGUGGAGUCUGUAGAUGAUUACCAGAAUCCACCUGGAUUUUUAUACAAGGCGGUGGCGGUAGAGAGCCACGAAACUUCUGAUGAAGGACUGCUCAAGUUCGAACAAGGUGACGUCAUCCUGGUGCUCUCUGACUCUCAUGAGGAGGACGGCCUGGUGAGAGGAGUCAGGGAAGAGAGCUGGAAGUUGCAGAAAGACGUAGAAAACAUCUCUGGGAAAUUCCUGGAAAAACUCAUCCAGCCCGUUCAGACCGAAUGAAGCAACGUCCUGUCACUUGGUAAUUCCUUUCCUGCAUCAACCAGUCAGGCACACACUCGUUCUCACACACAUCUGCAGGGGUGUGGACGCUCCCGAGUGGUGUAUCGCUCUGUGAUGUUGCAACUUGUGAACAAAUGGCUUUUAAGCAGUUGAAAAAUGAGUUUGUUACAUUUUACAGUAUUUUUUCUUUUGUAUAUUCAAUCACUGUGAAAAUUAGUUUUAUUGCUGUUUUUUUAUUGGCGUGUUUCAAAUGUCCCAAUAAAGUUUGUGUAUGUAGCGUGUAAUUCUGAUGUGUGUCAAUGGAAAAUGCCGGUUCAUUCCCUGUGGAUGAUGUCAUCGCUGAGCCUCCAGGAGAUAAAGCUAACUCCUUAGUCUUGGAUUGGAAAAGAUAUCUGAACCAGGCUUGAUGCUGGUUUGGUGUGAAGAACAACAAAGGUGAAAAUGUCCAGUUUUCAUUCAGUAGUGUUAAUUUUGGAAAAU